AGUUCUUUCGUGCUGAGAAUUCUUAAAUUUACAGAGUACAGUGUCUGAGUGUUACAAGCAUAUAUUCUUCUUCCAAUAGAAACUCCAUGGUUGUGUUUACAAUUCAGGGAUCACUGAAACUGAUGAGGUGUGACAGUAUAUACAGGUGCAUCUCAAAAAAAUUUGAAUAUCAUGGAAAAGUAGCCCCCCGUAAUUUAAUCCAAAAAGAGGAACUUUCAUAUAGUCUAGAUUCAUUACACAUAAAGGGAAAUAUUUCAAGUUUUUUUUUUUUUUUUUUUUUUUUUUUUUUUUUUUUUUAUAAAUCUUGAUUACGGUUUACAGCUUAUGUAAAUAAAAAAUCCAGUAUCUCAAACUAUUAGAAUAAAGAAUUUAUAAUAUAUAAAUGUCGACCUGAAAAGUAUGUUAAUUUAUACACUCAAUACUUGCUCGGGGCUCAUUGUGCAGGAAUUACUGCAUCAAUGCGGCGUGGUAUGGAGGCGAUCAGCCUGUGGCACUGCUGAGGUGUGAUGGAAGCCCAGGUUGCUUUGAUAGCGACCUUCAGCUCGUCUGUAUUGUUGGGUCUGGUGUCUCUCAUAGAUUCUCUAUGGGGUUCAGGUCAGGCGAGUUGGCUGGCCAAUCAAGUGCAGUAAUAUCAUGGUCAGCAAACCAGUUAUUAGUAGUUGUGGCAUCUCCAUAAAGCUCGUUAGCAGAUGGAAGCAUGAAGUGCUCUAAAAGCUCCUGGUAGACGCUGCAUUGACUCUUGACUUGAGAAAACACAGUGGACCAACACCAGCAGAUGACAUGGCAAACCAAAUCAUCACUGACUGUGGAAACUUCACACUGGACUUCAAGCAACUUGGAUUCUGUGCCUCUCCACUCUUCCUCCAGACUCUGGGACCUUGAUUUCCAAAUGAAAUGCAAAAUUUACUUUGAUCUGAAAAGAGGACUUUGGACCACUGAGCAACUGUCCAGUUCUUUUUCUCCUUAGCCCAGGUAAAAUACUUCUGACGUUGUCUCUGGUUCAUCAGUGGCUUGACAUUAGGAAUGCGACACGGCAACAUUUCUGUAUUAUAAAUUCUUUAUUCUGAUAUUUUGAGAUACUGGAUUUUUGAUUUCCAUGAGCUGUAAGCCGUAAUCAAGAUUAAAACAAAACAAGGCUUGAAAUAUUUUACUUUGCGUAAAGAAUAUAGAAUAUAUGAACGUUUCACUUUUUAAAAAUUAAAUUACGGAAAAAAUUUUUCCACGAUAUUCUAAUUUUUUUUUAGAUGCACCUGUAUGUCCUGUUGUACAUAAAGAUUCACUGGUUGUUGUCUUACCAACAAAAUAGUCAGUGGCAUGACAUUGUUGCUGCUCUCUGUGACUAUUGUUUUAUUAUUGUGUUUAAGGUUAUUGAAACACGUUCACACUGAAACACUGAUUGUAGCCAUUGUGGCAUUUCUAAGUCAAACAGGAGUGGUUAUAUUCAAUUUGUUAGAAGAGAAAGUGGCCUGGCCUUGAAUCUCUGAUGGCCUGCGGUGGGAUCGGCCCCCCAGGGUAUUGGGGAUGGGUGACCACUUUGUAAGCUGUGGAGGGAGCCCUAGUUGCUCAUACCCUCCCCCUUCUUUAUCUUCUGCCUUGGCCAAUACCAUAUUGCACGACUCGCUUAUUUUAAUGCAUUACACUAAUUGAGUACUGACAUGAACUUGAAAAGGAAAAAGAAGAAAAGAGGAAGGGGAAAAACAAAAGAAUAGGGUAAGCGUGACGUGUAGAUGGUGGCCUGCCUGGGAUGGGGGCAACCAGUGGGGGUGGGAAUAAUGGGCGUGCCCUGGGCCUGGCAGCAUCUUUUAGUGACAUACUCCUCAUGAAGCCUGUCCCGCUGGGGCCAUGCAGUGUGGGGCAGUCCAUUAGAAAUGUAUUUAUUAUUUUUCUUUUUCUUCUUCUUCCUUUUCUUUUUUUAAAUACAUUUCAUACAGUUACCCUAUGAUUGCCCACACAUACAUGAUCUUGCAUGCACGCACAUCUGCAUAGAUACAUACACCCUGAACCAUCAUCUACAGUAUGUGCCCGUUCAUUAAAUACAUACAAACUACACAUCAACACUUUAACACCUAGAAUCAUAAUGUUUUUUUCUUUCUCUCCCUUCUUUUUUUGUAUCUUUCUUUAUUUUUGUUCUGUCACAUCUUUUCUAUACUAUCAAUUGUCAACUUCUCCACUGAUUUUCUAUCUCUCUCACUGUAACAUGAGCACUUAGUAUUUGUCGCAUGUAAAUGUUAACAUUUUUUUCAAUUUAAAAAAAAAAAAAAGGAAGUGGAAAUUUGAAAUGACUUCUAUCCUCACUUCUUAAUGUUCCCUGCCAUCUGUGGUGUAAGAGUCUGGGUUAUUGAGGUUGGAUAAAGACAAAGCUUUUUUGUAUUCAGGACUGAGAAGUCCUUGCCAUGUACCGCCUGUCUUUCUGACAAGAACCUGAGCUCAUAUUUCACCAAGCUCCACAGGAAUAUGUGGCUUUGUAAUCAGAUCUACUCUGGAUACAAUUAGUUAAACUAUCAGCAGUCAUGUUUUGGAGAUGAGUUGCACAAGAAAUUACAUGCCAAAAAAAAAGGAACGAGUUUGAUUCGUUUAAAGUUUAUACCUUAAUCUAUACUUAUUAUUUAGCUAAUGUUCUUUAUUCAAAUGUGUGUUACUUUUGUCACGGGUCCUGCUGAGCAAUCAAGCUUGGUCUGACAAUUAGAAACUCUGAAACAGUUUGAACAAUUCAAGUGACAAGGUAGCUGAGAGAUAAUGUACCAGCUGGCAAAGAUGGUCUACCAUCUUGAUCAGCUCAGCUUGCAUUCCAUCUGAUCUGUGGUCAGAUCAUGCUGGAUAUUUCAGCAGGAAGAAGAAUAAGAUUACAGGGCUUUCUGGGUAUAAGAAGGGCUGUAGUGAUCUUUCACACCAGGCUACAGCUUCAGCUGGGGUGGCUGUAGCUCAGGUAGUAGAGCGGGUUGUCCACUAAUCAUAGUUCGAUUCCCGGCCCGCAGAACUCCACAUGUCGGAGUGUCCUUGGGCAAGACACUGAACCCCAAGUUGCUCCCGAUGGCAAGUUCACGCCUUGCAUGGCAGCUCUGCUACCAUUGGUGUGUGAGUGGGUGAAUGAGACACAGUGUAAAGUGCUAUAUAAGUGCGCCAUUUACCAUCUAGCUAUGGUGGUUUCCUGAAUCUUCCAACCAGGUGAUGUGGUGGCAAGGUGGGAAAUAACCAUACACAAUUAAGCACAAUUACUUUUUAGACUAAUGGACACCCUUUGAUAGGUUCUCUAGAAAUUAAAACAGCUUGUAUCUACAAAUAUAUAAUUGCUGCUAUUUGGAAGGCUGUUCCAAAGUUAACCAGACUUCUAACUGGUAAGACUGGAACCAUCAGAAAGCGUUGUCUUCUCUACUGGAAUUUCCUUAGGGUAUGAGGCUGUUCCUAUGUCUGAGCAAACUAGACCCAACUAAUCGCAUGUAAUCCCUAAUCAUGGUACACAGUGUGUAGCUGUUACAGCAGUAGCUCUGGGCUCUUUUCCUCAGUUUAGGAAACACUCUCAGUGGAGACCUGGUUUGUGGCCGACUCUUAGCAUAAAUCCCCGUCCAGUCAGUGCUCAGAAUUAUUGGAUUAUCUGCACCAGAGCAUCACGGGAGAUUAGACCGGAUACUGCGCUGUUCUUUAUUGCAUGAAUACUCGGCGACACUGGACGGGUGGUGUCCAUGGCAACGGACACCAGGAACGAUUAGCUUUGUCUGGAUGCCGCAAUUCACGCACAAGUGGACAACCUGAAACUGAGAAUACUGCACCUGUUCAAGGAUUUAUAUCCAGCCCUAAAAAACAAACGAACUGAACGGGUCAGAACGAGGCUUUGUUGCCUGGGGAGACAGCAGCCAUGUCCUUUUAAAUAGGGUAAUUGUGGGGAUGCUAAUGGAAUGACUGCGAAUCCUCAGGGUUUCUAGUUUCCAUCAGGCGACAUGCUGUUUUCCUGUUCGCAUCAACGCCGUAUUGUUUCAGUGUGUAUUUGAAUGAUGUCGCUAGUUCUUUCGUAGGGGGGCGUGGUCUCUCUUUCUCUCUCUCUUUGUUUUUUUUGCUAUCGGGGUUAGCUGCCCUUACCUCAGUUACCUGACCCGACCAUGGUGUCGACUCGACCGUGACUUCCUGCCUCACCAAUAUGCUGCCGGGUUCAAUUCAGAUUACAGGAGAGGCGCUGUCCGGAGCAGAAAUCCGAGACAUUUGCGACAGUCUGAAGGAGAACAGUGUGAGGCUGCUGUCGGUGCGGGGAUGUCAGCUGUCUGACCGAGACUUCGGGCGCGUGUGCCGCGGUGUGUCCGAGUCGCGCUCGCUCGCGCAGCUCAACCUGAACCUGGGCGUGGUAUCGAGCGGCGGCCGCGCUGAGCAACUCGCCGAGGCGCUCACAGCCAACAGGUCCAUACAGACACUAUUUCUGCAUGGAAGCCCUCUUUUAGAUGCAGGAUUGGUCACUCUGAACACGGCGCUGUCAACUCACCCCUCUCUGGUGUCCUUGGACCUGGGAGAUUGUAUGUUGGGAGAUGAGGCAAUUCAGCUGAUUUGUGGCAUGUUGCCUCCAGAUGGGGCCAAAUCUGGUCUCAGAGAGCUGACACUAAGUGCAAACCCAGCAAUCACCACUAAAGGCUGGGCUCGCCUGGCAAUCGCCGUGGCUCAUAGCUCACAGCUACGAGUCCUUAAUCUAGACUACAAUCCCUUAGGGGACCAGAUUGCUGGAAUGCUGGCCGUUGCUGUGGCAUCCAGCAGGACACUGGAGGUUUUAGACUUGGAGGGAACAGGGCUCACAAAUCAGUCAGCACAGGUCUUCCUGGACAUGGUGGAAAACUACCCGACCUGUCUGCGUGUGCUGGUGCUGGCUGAGAACGCCAUCAGCCCUGAGCUGCAGCAGCAAAUCUCCGACCUCCUGUCUGAGGGCGAGGAGGAUGAGGAUAGGGAUGCAGAGGCCCACGGCAGCUCAGUCACCAUGCGAGAGAAACCUGCCUGGCUUCCCCACAGCAACCCCAACUCCCAGAUGGUCCUGAUGUCAUCAGGACUGGGUGAGAGCUUUUUGGGAGAGACUGACUUGUGAUAACUGGAGCUGCCUUUGGUUUUAGGUUUGCACUGCACGCCGCUACAGUCAGCCCACGUGUUAGCGUGCAGCCACUCGCAAAGCAUGACGUGUAGCAUUUAGUGGUAGACUGUUCAAAGCCGGCACAAAAAAAAAAAACCUCGACCACCAAGUGACUUAUACUCUAUAGUGAAUUAUUUAUUUGCCUGAUGUACAAUCUAUUUAUAAGCAACUGUGUACUCUUGAUUAGAUCAGCUAAGUAGGGUUGUUGUGAUGGCCUGAAUAAAUCUAUUUACAUCUUUUUAAGUGCUGUGUCCUUUUCAUAACUGUGUCCAGUUCCCCCCCCCCCCGGGAAGUCAGCAUUUUGAUCUUGUACCAGUUUGACCUUUAAAACCUCAGCUGAUCAGCUUCGGGCAUUACUUCAAACACAGCAAUCCACCCUCCGUGAGUGAAACUGAAAUAAAAUUACUUUUAUUAAUUUAUUUUAUUAAAGUUCAGCAUGGUGUAGACUCAAAGCAUCUCUAGCGUUCACACCAAACCCACAGUGCUUUUAAAACCAUCCAAAAUGAUGAAAUUCCCCAGAUGAAUGGGAUAUUUCAGCGAAUUAUGAUGACUUUCCAGCUCACUUGUAAAGCAGACAAUGUUGUUUAUAUUGUUCAGGAAAUUGCAAGCCACUUAAAGCCUUCGUGUCCUGCCUUGUCCCCCCCUCUCCCUCCCCCUCUCUCUCUCUCUCUCUCUCUCUUAUAUAUAUCCUUUUAAACUGUAGUGUUAACUGGAAGUUUUAUUUAUUAAAGUUAAGGUUAGGAGGCUUAAACAAGGAAAAUAAUUGAUGUGUGGAUUUGCCAAUUCAUUUGCUAUGCACUAAAUAUAUGUUUUAUUCAUAAAUGAGUCGUUAAGGGUUGCAGGACUGGACUUGCAUUGAGUUCACAAAGACGCUUCAGCCGAAAGGUUUCCUGAAUCGUGGGUACUCUGUGCUAUUUAAAGACUGCAUGCGAUUUACACCCAUGACAUCAGGUAUCCGUAAUUAACGCAGGUCCAAUUGCCAAGAGACAACACCCAGGCUGUGUGGCCACAUCAUGCACACGGGGAGCUAGUGGACACAGACAAGUCUUUUGAAAAGUGCUGCGGACACAAAGAAAAAGAAAAAUCAUGCACGAUCAGUAAGACACACAUGACCCUUUCAACCCAUAAUAACGGGAAGUUUUCCCCAUUCCAAAUUCCUCCUCAUUACAUGAACUUGCCAUACGUUUCCACCAACUAACCUGACACCAACAUAUGUUACCCCAACAGCUAGAGCGCUGCAGUUUAUUUCCCGUAUAAACAGACAAAAUCCUCCUUCACUCUAAUCCUCAGCACAUCAGCUGAAUAGACAAAACACAAGCCUUUACUUUGAGUAGUGUUCAGGGCUGUUCAACUGUUUAUCAAAAUAAACUAUCAAUAAAAAAUACAGAGAGAGAAUGUGCAUUGGAUUUUUCUUCCCCACAACCACAUACAUCUCCAUAUUGCAAUACACUAGCUUUUGUGUUCUGCUGCUGCAGUUUGAUUAAGCAGUUCCCUAAGGACAAGGAUCAGAGAUAGAAGCAGACACCACCGCAGGAGAAACUCCCUCCCUACUGCCACCCCGGCCUUUCAGCCAAGCAGCUGCCAAACGAGCGUUUUCUAUAAUAAAUGAGAGGCCUAUGAUCAAUCUCCUGAGCUGCUAAGUGACCAAGACAAGUGGAAGGCAAUUUUUUCCAGUGUGUAAUAGUGCCAUGAAUCCUCUACCCACUAAUCCCCCUCUGCCAGGAGGCCUAUGUUAAAAUGAUGAAGUACCAUUUUGACUCUUAUGCCACACAGUACUAAAGUUCUAAUCCAAACAAUGAACAUGCAAAGUGCACUGAAGGACUCACACACCAGCUAAACAAUAAAAUCCAAAGAGAGAUUUUAGAAUAAUUAGGAAGACAGAGUUUCUUUCUGUAGGUGCUACAUGUAAAAUGCUGGGAAAGCUCUCACGCUCACCACAUCCUUCAGCCACGAUAGCUUUGGAUCGACUGCUGAAAUGGAAAGUUAACUUAAUUAGUACCCUGUCCUACCACUUAGUCUGAGAACGGCUUCGCAAUGCAGCAGUGCUGUAGUCAUGGAAAUUUAAUCUGGGCUGUAAAUAAAUGAAGCUAUGUGGAAUUGUAAUCAGCUCCUUUGUAUUCCUCACCUCAAAAAACUAUUAUAAACUGUUCCAUCAGGUAGAGCCUACCAGUUUUAAUAAAAGCUUCUCUAAAUGUUGAAAGUUGUGACAUAAGAAAUUUUUAUAAUUAAAGUCAUUUGAUUUAAAAAAAGAAAAAAAAAAGAGAGAAAAGAAAGACUGCUCAUUUGAUAAAUAAAUACAUUAUACAACGUGUCCCAAAAGUCUCCAUACAUAGGGGAAAUUGACACGUUUUAGGAAAAUGUCUGAGAUUUUCUAUAUUUAGUUUAUAAUACAUAUAUAUUUUUUCAGUUAGCCUUUACGAAUGUUUUUGACAAAGGUAUAGAAAUCAUUCUCAUGGAUGUCGCAAGGUUGCGCUGGACUUGAACAUGAAACAAAUAUGACAAGCACAUCACACACACACGCACGCACGCCACUGCUGCCACUGCUAUUAACAAGUUCAAAAAGACUGGCAGUGUCACGGAGCAGCUGAGAAGUGCACGUCCACCAACAUCCACUGAUGAAGGAACAACGCACAUGGUGCUGAAAUGCAUAGUCCCCUAUAGGUGGAGACUUUUGAGACAGUCUGUAGUAAUAGUUUAAUAGAAUUUCUACCCCAAGCAGACUGCACGUGUAUCGGGUAUUACAUCUGACACAGACACAUCACUUCCAGAGACAAGAUCAUUGUAAAUUAUUGUAAAGACUCCACCAAAAGAAUCUAAUUUUAGAUUUAAAAUAGGUUUAUUUGUUUUAAAAUAUACACAUCAGUUUACAAAUCAAGAAGAAAAAAUGAGUUGAGUAUAACAGUCUUUUUUUAUUUUAUUAUAUAUAUAUAUAUAUAUAUAGAGAGAGAGAGAGAGAGAGAGAUUCCUCCUUCAUAAGGUCAUUUUUUUUUUUUACAGGAAGAAGAAAAUAAUCAUACAAGGUGUCGCUACCUGACUGAAAGCUUUACACAGUGAGAUUUAAAUAAAGGAGACAUUGCACAUAAGUGUAAUGGGGAAACAAACAAAGAACAUUUGAAAGAACUAGAAUAACAGAAACACUAUCUCUCUCCAGUGAAACCCAGGAAAGAAGAAGGACAAUUUGUGCACACCGAGCGAAUAUGUGCUCAUGAGCAAGCAAGCAUGUGGACAGGGAUUUUACAGUAACAAAACCAUAGAGCUAAACAGAUGUUGUGUUUGAAAUGUGCCUGAGUCAUUAACAUGAACGGGAUUAUUCAGUAUUUUGAUUAACGGUGUAUUUGAGUGCAGGGACACCCUUUGG